AUUCUGAAACUAAUUUUGACGUUUUAACAAUAAUGUGUCAAAUAUAAAUAUUACCUGAAUUAACAAUUUACCUAUGUAUAAAUAAACUACUGUAAUUGUAAAGUUACAUAAUGUAGUGCAAUAUGUAAUUUUACAAAUGCUAAAAAUAAUAUAGGGAAAUAACACGAUUGACAUUUUUUUAUAUUUGUUAUUGUUAUUUUAUAUCUCAACAUAACCUAUUUAAAACUGAUAAUAUCGGUCUGAAAAUUUGGCCUUAAUAUGUUUAAAACCAUAUCAUCUUGCAACGAUUCAGUUGAGAUUGAUUUGCUGAUUACUUUGUGAUAUAAUACAAUUAUUUGUAAAAAUUUUCUAUUUACACUAAUUUAAAAUGCUGGAAAAAAUAGAAGUUGAUGUUAUUCCUCAAGAUUUGCGACACGAGGAGACGAUUAUUCAAAUUGCAGAUGCUUUAGAUAAUUUAGAAUUUGCCGUUUCUCAUACUUUCAAUUGCAUCAACAAUAGAAUAUCCGAUAAUAGCAAAAAGCUAGACAUCAUUAAAUCAAGAGCAGAAAAAAUUCAGGGACAACUUGAGUACCUUCAAACAAAUUUGAGUUUAAAGGCAGUAAAAAUGUAUUCAGCGGCAAAAUAUCCAGCCAGUCAUGUUUAUAAAGAAUAUGAAAGUAUAAUGAAACCAAAUAUAAAAAAAGAAACUCUACCAUCAAUUUACAAAAGUUCACUACCAAUUGCCGAUACAAUUGAUAUGCACUUAACUGCCGGUAGUAAAACUGAAAAUGGACAAUACGCGACUAAUAUUAAUCUUCAAGAAAAAUUACAAUUUUAUUAUGUCAAAUCGAAACCCUAUAAACGAAUAACAGAUAGAGAAACAAAUCAAGAACGUAUAAUGCCUGGACCAUCUUCUAUAAGUGCUCUUAUACUUUUUAACAGUUCUAAAGAAUCUGACGAUCGAAUUCAUUUAUCGCAAACCAGUGAUAAACAGAAACUUGAAGACGCACCUGAUUCUAUACUUCAACCUUGGCACUCUUCUGAAAUAGAAUCACCCUCUUCUUAUUUAUAUGCUCCUACUUUAGGCGAGGUUCCACAAAUAAAUGUCCCACUAACACUACCAGAUCUACCAGGAAUCGUCGAUGAUGAAAAAUUCGUUCUUGAUUUAAAUUCCCAAAGUCCAAUAGCACCAUCAUCGGCAACAGUAACUCCAACCGUUAGAAUAGAUCUUCCCACUCCAGUAUCAACAACAGAUGAAAUAGAUGUUCCCUCAGUUUCGGAACAAACUGUACAAAAUUUGCCAAACUUUUCAGAAAGUAAAACAAUUACGUCGGAGGUUAUUUCAUCGCCGCCGCCACCACCUCCACCUCCGCCACCUUCGAAUCAGAAUCUUGAGCAGAAAAUUCCUGCACCUUCACAAGUAUUGGUUCAAGGUCCUCCUCCUCCACCGCCACCUCCUCCACCACCACCACCUCCACCUCCGCCACCUUCUGCUCCACAGUCAGAAGGAGAUACGAAAAAAGUGGAAAAGAAAGCAGCUUCCCCACAAAUUCCAAAAGUUGUAGAUGAUCGUACAAAUUUGAUGGCAGCAAUUCGUGAUGCUGGUGGAGUUGGAAGAGCAAAACUUCGUCCCACUGUUGCCGCUGAAAAGCCAAAUGAACGAUGGGCAUCAGCUUCAGUUGGUGGCGAUUUGAUGGCCGAUCUUCAUGCUAAAUUAUCACUGAGACGAAAAGGUAUCGCCGGUGGUGGUAUGAAUGCUUUUGAAAGAAUGUCCAGCAUGAUUCCACCACCUCCAAAACCUAGUGAAGUUUCUGAUAGAAACUCAGCAACAAGUGAAGGUGAUUCACAACCUGAUAAUGACGAUUGGGAGGAAUAACUUCUUUAUACAUUCCAAUUUGUAAUAUAUACAUAUAUUUUACAUAUUAAAUUCUUUAAUCAUUGUUUAAUCAAAAUUGUUCUUUUUUAUGCGAUCCCACGUCAUUUUUCUCAAUCAUUUUGAAACUACUUUUAUAAUAAAUAGAUUCAUUCAUUAACUAAUAUAAAAAAAAUAACAAAACUUUCUAGAAAAAUAUUAUUGAAAAUUGUUGAAUUUUAAGAUUUAAAAAUUCUCUUCAAACAGGACUUUGAAAUUACAGGUUCUAAAGAUUAAGAAACUUAACAAUUAGUAAAAAAAAAUUUCAUGUUUUACUUUCAUAAAUUACAUCCUAUAUAAUGGCAGUAGAAAUAUUGAAUCUUCAUUUUUGUCUUUUUUACAAUAUAUUUUACCUAAGUUUAUUAUAAACUUAUUAAUCUAUUAAAAAGUUGUUAAAUAUCAAAAUUUUAAUUGAGCUCAAAAUAUAAUUUAUAUAAAAUGAAUCAAUAAUAAAUUUCCUUAAAUUAAAUUAAUUUUUUUCUAGAUACUAUGUAACAGAAGUCUUCAAUUCAAAAUGAAGACACGAUUUAAAAAAAAAAUUCCAUAACUGUAUAGUUGAUAUGUAUAUAAAAUUAAUUGAUUUAAUAUUAUAUCUAAUUGUAAACAUAUUUCAAUUACAAAGCUCGUAUACUCCAAUGUUUAACAAUUGAUAAACUUUAAAUACAAAACUUUAUACUUUCGAAUACUUUCAGUAGCAAUUUUUAUGCGUUAAAUUUUCAAUAUUCACUUACAUAUUUUAUAGUAUAUUAAAAAGUGGUAAUUAAAAUAUAUUCUGACGAAGGAAUGUUUCAACACUAAUCCUUCACCUUUUUUUUCAAAAAAAAAACCUGUCGACUAUUUUAAAUUAAAAAAAAAAAAAAUUUCUAAAAAUUUGUUUUUAAAUAUAUCAAUUGUAUUUAGUAGCAUCUAUUAAUGAAUUAAUUAUUUAAAAACAAAAUUAAAAAAAUUUGCACAAUGAAAAAAUUUAAAUAGUCGAAAUUUUGAUAAUAGAGAAAAACAACCGUUCUUUCAAGAAUAAAUUAAAUGAUUAAAAAAAAAAAAAAAAA